AUGGAGAAUUCUACCCAAGGCUGGAGAGGCAACAUCACCAAGUGCCAGCCACAGCAGGUCAACAUUGUCAUCCCCAUCCUUCUGAGCAUCCUCUUUUUGGGUGGCUUAGUUUUGAACGGCCUCAGUCUCUGGAUAUUCUGGUUCCAAAUUAGGCAGUGGAACUCUGGCAUGAUCCUCCAAUUCAACCUGGCUUUGGUGGAUAGUCUCAUCAUUCCCUUGGCACCACUGAUGGUGACUUAUUUCAUCCUGGGCAGCCACUGGCCAUUUGGGCAGUUUCUCUGCCAGCUCAAAGUCUUCGCCCUUAGCAGCCAUUUAUAUGGCAGUAUCUAUUUCCUGAUGCUCAUCAGCAUCCACAGGUACUUUGCUGUUGUGCGCUUGAACACCAGAUCCCUUUGGAAGACAAAGCCUUUCCUCAAGAAGCUCUGCUUUUUCUUCUGGUUCAUCCUCAUCAUUCAAGGGCUCCCCUUUUUCUUCGUCCUCAAGACUUCAGUCCUUCAAGGCUCAGUGAGGUGCCUGAAUAUCCACCAGACAGAAUUGUCCUAUCUUUACUUCUGUUACAACAUGAUCGUAGUUGUGGUUGCCUUCCUCCUCCCAUUUGGCAUCUCCUUAACCUGCUAUGGCCUGCUGGGAGGUACCAUUGCUAAAAUGAGCAGUGCAAGCCUCCGGGGCAAGGUUAUAAAGACUAAAUCCCUGCAGAUGAUAACAGUAUCUCUGACUAUAUUUGUCAUCUGCUUUGUCCCCCUGCACAUCUGCAGGACCAUGGGUGUGAUUGUGAAGUUUUAUGACAUGUCCUGUGAGCUCCUGCACCAGAACUGCCUGGUGAAGGCCAUCCUGGGCACAGUAGGGGAGAUCUCCAUCAACCACACUGUCCCGGGCUGCGAGAACCAGAUGCACCCCAACAUCGUCAUCACCCACGAAGAGGCCAAGAGAGUUGUGUUCAUGGACAUCACCAUCCCCUUUGAGAACCAGUGA